AUGGUCAAAGGGAGACGCUUCAACCCACCCUUAGACAAGGAUGGAAGAUGGUUCCCUCACAUUGGACUAACACAAAAGACGCCAGAAUCCAUCACAAGUAUGAUGUUGAAAGAGUCCCACAGUCCACGUUUAUCUCGGCAAGUGGAGGAGAAACUUCCGCCGAUCUACAAAGUGCGGGAGAAGCAAGCAGUAAAUAACAACUUCCCCUUCUCUGAUCACGACAAUAGUCACAGCUUUCAGGACUCUGGGUUCUACCUUGACUCUGGCUUGGGACGUAAGAAGAUCUCCCCAGAAAAAAGGCAACACGUUUCAAGAAAUUUCAAUCUUUGGGCAUGUGACUAUGUUCCAUCUUGUCUCGAUGGCUUUUCAAAUAACCAAAUAUCAUAUGUCUAUAAGGAAGCUGUGGUAGUCCCAAUUUUCAGACGCUUUCCAAGACAUCAUCAUGAGAUAUGGAACACUUUUAAAUUUAUGCCCCAGCACAGCUAUACAGAGUUUUGGAAAAAGAAUCCAAAAGUAAGGUUCCUGAUUAACAAAAAGACCAGUUCUCCACUGGAGCCAUAA